GUCACGUAAUUCACGUAUUCGAGUGAGUCAGUAGGAAGUAGCGUAAUUUUCAGUAUUCUGGUUCAAUCGCUUCAUGCGAGUGCUAUCGUAAUUUAAGGAUAUAGGCAACUGAGAAGUGACAGCGCUAUGACUAGUUACUUUGUGACCACGUAGCCUAACACAAGUAGGAGAAACCCUAGAAUCCGUGAAUUUCAGCGAGUAGGCUACAACGCGUAGACUUCCGAAGGCUUUUAUAGGGGAAUUGUUGAAAUAGCCGAUUAGACAGAGGGCAGGUAUGGAGUACACAGUUACGAUGUUCCUUUUGCUGGGAAUUCUUCCACUUCUUAAUUCCAUGAACUCAAGCUCGAGUUCUGCCGCACACAGGUGCUUCUGUCAGGUAACGGGACACUUGGAUGACUGUACAUGCGACGUGGAGAGCAUCGAUGCCUUCAACAAUAUUGAACUCUUUCCGAAACUUCAAAAGCUGCUGGAGUCCGAUUAUUUCAGGUUUUACAAGGUGAAUCUGAACAAACCCUGCCCGUUUUGGGAAGAAAACAGUCACUGUGGAUCGAGAAAUUGUGCCGUGAAUCCAUGCAAAGCAAAUGAGGUGCCGGAGGGGAUCAAAUCAAGCAGUUUCAAGUAUUCAGAGGAAGCCAGUAAUGAACUACAGGAGUGUGAGAAGGCUGAAAAGCUGGGUUCUGUGGACAGCUCACUCAGUGAGGAGACUCGCCGGGCCCUAUUGGACUGGAACAGACACGAUGAUGUGGAAGAUCGCUUCUGCGUCGUGGACGACGAGGAGUCACCUGAUUCCCAGUAUGUGGAUCUGCUGCUGAAUCCCGAGCGUUUCACUGGAUAUAAGGGGACUGAAGCCUGGCAGAUUUGGAACAGCAUCUAUGAAGAAAAUUGCUUCAAGCCAAACACUGUUAAACGACCAUUGAAUCCUAUGGAAAGAUACAGAGAAAAGGAUGGAAGGUCAUUUUACAGAUGGCUAGAAGGCCAAUGUGUGGAGAAAAGAGCUUUUUUCCGACUUGUCUCUGGGCUACAUGCCAGUAUCAGUGUCCAUCUGAGUGCCAGGUACCUCUUGGAUGAUAACUGGUUUGAGAGGAAGUGGGGUCACAACAUCUCAGAGUUCCAGCAGCGUUUCGAUGAAGAAUUGACAAAAGGAGAGGGGCCAAAGAGGCUGAGAAACCUGUACUUCCUCUACCUGAUUGAGCUGCGUGCACUGUCCAAAGUCCUGCCUUUCUUUAAACUUCCCUCCUUCCAGCUUUACACUGGCCAACCUUCCCAGGAUCAGCGCAACAAAGAGCUGCUGUUAGAAGUCCUCCAUGUGGCCAAGUCUUUCCCUUUGCACUUUGACGAGGCAUCUCUGUUCACUGGAAAUCUACAGGAAGCAGCCAAGCUGAAGGAGGAUUUCAAGCUGACCUUCCGGAACAUAUCCAGGAUCAUGGACUGUGUUGGAUGCUUUAAGUGCAGACUGUGGGGGAAACUGCAGACCCAGGGCCUGGGCACAGCGCUGAAGAUCCUGUUCUCCGAGAGGCAGAUUGAGGCCCUGCCCAAGUCCAGGAGCCCCAACCCCACUUUCCAGCUGACCCGGCAGGAAAUCGUGGCUCUCUUCAACGCCUUUGGGAGAAUCUCAACUAGCAUCAGAGAACUGGAAAACUUCCGGUCGCUGCUGUCGAAGGUGCACUGAGGAGCGAGGCCUGCCGCUCUGACGUGCCACAGAAAAACUUUACUGACCCACACAGUACGAACACAUGCUAUUCCUACCCCUCCCACUCUGUUUUCUGCUGCUGUGAGUAUACUGUCUGAAACUGCUGUCUGAAAAGUAGCUUAGAAUAUGACUGUUUUUUAAAGCAAUAUGCAGCGAGUUCUUAAUAGCUACAUAUUUUGUCAGCUUGGUUGCCAGGUAGAUGAAGCAGGGCUUAACCUGCCACAUUUUAAUAGUGGCUUUGCUGCCACUGCUAGUUUUAACUCAGGGGUGUCUAACUAAAGUCCGGGAGGGCUGGAGUGCUUGCAGGCUUUUGUGGCUUCCUUCUAAUCAACAGCCAGUUUAGACCUUGGAAACAAGUCACAUGGUUUCUUUAGCCAAUCGGUUAAGAAAUAAAAUAAACCCUGAAGUGCAAAACCUGUAGGCACUCUAGCCUUCAGGACUAGGUCUAACACCUAGCCUAUUCUGUCUGUACUGUAUCUGAAAAAUGACUGAUGGUCUCAGUUAAAAUUUAUCAGGUGAAAAAUUCAAAGGGGCAAAGUAUGUCUAAGCCAUUCUAUCCCAUUGCUGUGUAUUAUUUUGGGUGUUUUCUGCUGCAUUUCACAGAUCUUUUUUUUCCAAGUUAAAGAUAAUUUUUGCACCUUUUUAGAUGACCACUAUUGCACUAGUGCAGUCUUCCAAGUUUCAUGUGUAAUCAAGACUGUGUGAAUGUGUACUGUGCCCAGGACCUAGCAAUAUUCUGCUGUCAACCGUGAAACCACUGUAGCUUUUAUUGCACUAUAUUAAUGGGAGCUCACAAAAAUUUAUUUAUUUAAAUUUGUACAAAUGAAGUGUAAAGGUUAUAUUUGAAUGGGUAUGAUCACAAUCAUUUUGUCUAGUUGAUUAAAAGGACCAAUCUCAAUAUUUGUACAUUAAAUAAGAACUUCCAAUGCUUAUAAUAUGUAAUGCUAAUUUCCUGAAAUGUUCACAGUAUGUAUUGUGCUUGAUCUUAUGCAUUUCUUUUAUAAUUUUUUUAAAAAAUAAAUCUGGUUUUGACUGCUCA